AUGAGGUUAGUUAGAUUUAAUGUUAUUUUUAACACUAAAGCAAAUUGCGACAAACACUUUGAAUGGUUAAAAAGUCAGUACAAUAGAAUCAUUGGAAAGUCAACACAAAGCAUUUUAUCGGUUGAAGAUAAAAAUUAUGUAAAUGAAUUUUCUAUCGAUAAUGUUCGAGGAUAUACUGGCUUUUUUACUCAUGAUUUUGCUAACAAAUUACUGAAAAGAGAUGAAGUUGAUAUAGUGGAAGAAGAUAGUAUAGUGCACAUUAGUCACGUGGUUCCACGUAAAAUCCAGAACAACGUUAUCUCAAAUUUAGAUCGUAUAGAUCAAGCAAAUUCUGUUUUAAAUGAAAAAUAUUUAUUUCCUGAUUCAGCAGGAGAAGGUGUAAAUGUUUUUAUUGUGGAUACUGGCAUUCGUAAGGAUCACAUAGAAUUUGAAGGACGUGCUAAAUCUGGGGGAACUUUUUGCGCUAAAUGUGAAGGUGAUGAUGAUCUAAAUGGACACGGAACAAGUGUUGCUGGAAUUGUAGGUGGUAAAACAUUCGGCGUCGCAAAAAAAGUAACCCUUAUUGCUGUAAAAGCGCUCAAUGAUUCUGGUUCGGCUAGCAAUUCGGAAAUCGUAAAUGCAUUAACGUUUAUUCUAGAAACCCAUAAAAAGUCAAAAAACAAGAAUUCUGUAGUCAACAUGUCUCUUGGGGGCAAAAAAUCACGCGUAAUUAAUAAAACAGUAAAAAAGCUCACAGAUGCAGGAAUUCAUGUUGUUGUGGCAGCAGGAAACGAAGCCGAUGAUGCAUGUAAAUCAUCACCAUCAUCCGAACUAUCAGCAAUAACUGUUGGUGCGAUAAAUAUUGACCGUAGAGAUACCAAAAAGAAUCAAAUCGCAUUAUUCUCCAACUUUGGAAAAUGUGUUGAUAUUUUUGCGCCAGGCAUCUUUAUUGUUGCAGCAGGUUCUAUUUCUAAAUCAGAUAUUAGUGCGUUUACAGGAACCUCUCAAGCAACACCUCAUGUUGCUGGUACAAUUGCCCUUAUAAUCGCUAAAGACGGUAAUAAAAGUGCAAAAAAAAUGGCCACUACAUUGAAGGAUUUGUCAAUUAAAAAUGCAAUAGAUUUUCUUGGUAAUAAAACUAUUGCUAAAGGUACUCCAAAUAACUUGUUGCGCGUGCCUGCGCCAUAA